AUGGCGUUUUGUGCAGCUGAAUUCGGGCUCCAGCCAUCAGUUCGCCCCAAACCACAAUUGCCGCCUGGGCUGGCGGCUCCCGGCCCCCGAACGGAUGAACCAGAAAUAGCCCUGGCGGGGCCGCGGGGCCCCUCCUCGCCUGCGGGCGCCGCGGGCUAUAAAGCGGCGCGGGCGCCCGGGCAGCCGCACCGAGCGCCGAGCACCCGCGGCACCAUGCGGACCCUCGUGCUGCUGACCCUGCUGGCCCUCGUCGCCCUCGCCCUCGGCCGCGGCGACUCGGACCGUUCCGCCAGCGCCGCCGACUCGCCCAGCUCCGAAGCCUUCGUCUCCCGCCGCGCCAGCGCCGAGCUGGUGCGCAGGCACAAGAGGAACUUCGCCGUGGGCAGCUCCUACGGCGCCGCGCCGGACCCGCUGGAGGCCAAGCGCGAGGUGUGCGAGCUCAACCCCGACUGCGACGAGCUGGCCGACCACAUCGGCUUCCAGGAGGCGUACCGGCGCUUCUACGGCCCCGUCGUCUAG